CUGAAGUCAUAAACUUUAUAUGUUUUUUUUUUUUUGUUUUUAUCUCAUCAUUUGUUCUUCCUGGUAACCAAGAAGCUUCGGCAGUCAUGAAACAAAAACAUUUGUUUCUGUUACUCUUGUCGACAAGUUAUUAUCCUAGGCGAGCAUCCGAUGCACCAGGUGAGGCCAAGCUUUCAACGUAUGGAAUCAUAGCAAACUUGCCAAGGCCAUGGACUUCAAUCUUCGUAACCAUUGCGUCUUUGGGAUUGUAAAGAAAUAACUCCGCUGUAUCGCUGUCUUCUUGUGUCUCCUUGCUGUAUUCUUUUGUCAAAACUUGUCCAGCAAGCCAUUGUCCCCUGAAUAAUUACCAAGACUAUUCACCUGAGAUGCAAGCUUGGUCUCACCUAAGAUGCUCACAUAGGACGAUAACUUACCGGCUGGAUUAACGGUGAAACACAGCAUUAUUUUCAAUGGAAUACUUGAUGUCAUCAUUUACUUUUGUUUAAAUGUUUUUGUUUCGUGAAUCAAUGGAUUUUAUUUAA